AUGUAUCCCACUAUGCUUCCCACACCACCUCCUUCUCCCCAACCACGUUGCUUUUCUCCCGAGGACCGAUUAGGACUUAUCUUGGCCAACCGUCUGGAACUAACCGGCAUCCUGGGUGUCGGAGCUUACGGAGUAGUCUAUACCGCCGUGGAUAUUCACACCAACAUCUCCUAUGCUGUUAAGGCCUUGAACAAGUCCGGGCUGGAUCCCCGACAAUUAAAGUACCAGCAACGCGAGAUUCGCCUCCACCAUUUGGCCAGCCAACACCCUAAUGUCGUCUCCCUGGUUCGCAUUAUGGACUCCAUGGACUGUACCUACGUCGUCAUGGAAUACUGCCCGGAAGGUGAUCUAUUCUCCAGUAUCACCGAUAAAGGCAACUAUGUGACCAAUGACCCAUUGGUUAAGCGUGUGUUCUUACAGCUCCUGGAUGCCGUACAGUUCUGCCACUCCAUCGGAAUCUACCAUCGGGAUCUCAAGCCCGAGAACGUCCUGGUGACGGAUCAAGGCAUGACUGUCAAGUUGGCCGACUUUGGCUUGGCCACUACGGACUACUUCACCUCGGAUUUCGGAUGCGGAUCCACUUUCUAUAUGUCGCCUGAAUGUCAACAGACCAACCCCCGCCCCAUGUCUUGUUACGUCUCCGCAGCCAAUGACGUCUGGAGUCUUGGUGUUAUGCUUGUCAAUCUAACAUGCGGUCGCAACCCAUGGAAACGGGCCUCCACCGAUGAUUCCACUUUCCGGGCAUAUCUUAAGGAUCCCUUCUUCCUGAAGUCUAUCCUUCCUCUAUCUACGGAGAUGGUCUGUAUUCUCAGCCGCGUCUUUGAACUUGACCCUUCCAAGAGGAUUACCAUACCGGAGCUACGCCAGUUGAUUGUGGAUUGCCCUCGCUUUACUGAACAACCCCCUGUGGCCCCCUGGGUGCCGGACCAGAUUCCGCAGGCCGACUACUUUGGCCAGCCCCAGAUGCCUUUCAUUCCCGUAGAGCCCCUGCAUGCCCAGCCUUCUGGGUCAUCAUCGGAUUCUUCACACUACUCUGACUUCUCCGACUCGGCCGUCUCAGACGUCUCGGCCCUUACUGAGGAUUACACCGACUACAACUGCAUGUCCCCUAUCGUUUCGGAGCAGGUGCCAGACUGCAAAGUUGUGUUCCCUCAUCCCAUCUGCGUGGACCAAUCGAUCCCCGUGGAUAUUUUCCCUGGACCUCCUAUCCCGGUCUGUUAA